AGCUGUCCUACGGUUGCUCGGGUGACCCUCCAAAAUCGACGUGGCCGCCGGCGACGGCACGACCCCACUGCAUCUUUUCAUCCACUCGAACUUAGGAAUGAUCAACCGUCGCGCAGAAACUGUUUUCUUGUCCUGUUUUCGACACUGACGCAGGAGCUGUCGACUCACUUCAGACCACCUGCGCCAGUGUUAUGCCGAGAGUGUUUGUCGCGCAGUUUCCAGGAAUACCGCUGGAAGAGAUCUCGCUGUCUUGACCGACACGAAACACUCGCCUGGUGCCUCAUCUUUUCCAAGUCCUGAGGACCCUCAAAAAACGUUUCAUUCUCUGGUUUUUCGCUCCUGUCAAGCCUUUAAUCUCGUCCCUGUCGCGCGUCAUUCCGCUACAGAGUCGCCUGCCUGCGGAUAGUCGCCCUCCUUCUCUGGUUGUUUUCCAUCCCCGUAACGAAUCCUUCACCUGCAUACCUUUACGUAGAGUUUUCACGGGUGGUCUCUCCAAGAGAAUCAGUCUGCCGCGGUCCCUCUUACUUGCUCCUUAUGCCGUCGUCUUCGAUUUGUCUUUCUCCCUUUGUGGUCGCGGCGUUCUUUCUGUUGCGCUGGAGUCUCCCUCUGCUCGACCUGAACUCGUCUCUGUACCUCGUCGACGCUGCCCCUUGUGUCUCCGAAGUUGCGCAGGGCGGAAUAGCGAAGGAGACGGGAGACUGCAGAGUCUCGACGGUCUCCCUUCCGCGUGCGUCUGCAAGACUCCUUCCCUCUCGACUCGCGGACCAUGGGUCGAAAGGUUUCAGGAGCUCGCGCCAGUUGGUACGGAGAGGCUUAGCGCCUCAACUGGCAAGACAGAGGAGCUGCAAGGUGGAGAAAGGGGACAGUCGAGCUUCCACAGGAGAGACACGAAAGCUGGCGGGAGUGAGGUGCCGCGGAGCGACCCUGUGGACAAAACAAAGCGGCUUUCUGCAUUCGUGUUCGUCGGGAGUUCCACGACUGAACGCUUUUCUUCACCGCUGUCUCCCCGAAGGUCCACCUUCGAGUGUCUCGAUGACUCACCGACUCGUUCGCACACCUCGCUGUCUGUCUCUCGUUCCUCCAUCUUUCUCCCUCGUUCCUCGAGGGCUAGAGUCCACUUCUAUCACGCCUUCCGCCUUCUUGUCUUCUGCUCUCUCGCACGCUCCUCCCUGCUUCUCCUGCCCUCGCCUUUCUCUCCCUUCCUUCUCCCUCCGCGGCGCCUCUCCCUCUGCGUGCGAAGCUGCCCGCCCCUCUCUCCCUCUCUUCUCCAACUGCGACAGUCUGCUCCUCUCAGCCUCUGCCCUCCAUCGCUCUCCUCCGCUUCUCCACGACUUUCUCGUUUCGCGUUCUCUCCUUGUUUCUCGCUCUGCCGUUGUUGCCCGUUCUCUUCCUCCUCGUCCUUUGCGGACCAGAGCUCACGCUGUCCCUGAAAACAGAGACAGUCACGAGCAGCUUCUGGAGAAAUUUCAGCAAGAAUUUUCUCGUCUCCAAAGGCUCCUGCCGGCUUCACUGUCGCCUCAGGAACCGGGCGUGUCUGGCGCUUCGCCAGCAAACUCGAAAACCGAGAAAAGCAGCGCUAGUACAAGCAACAGAGAGAAAGAGAGACUGGGAGAGAGUGGAGAAAAAGGAAGCGACGGAGAGGUGCCGACAAUCCAGGAGCUUCGUGCGGAAGCUCAGCGGGAGGGGAACUUCCCGAAACGGGACCCAAAGGUUUUGAAGGAAUUGGAAGAAGUCAUCGACGGACUGUACAAGGACAGCGACGCGUCAAACGACAACCUAUUCAACCGUCUGACAAAUCUUGUGAAGUCUGGGGCCUUUGGCGAACGCCUGCAAGACGUCUACGAAGAACAAGAGAAAGCACAACAUGAGGCCGAAGAGGCACAAAAAAGGCGCGAGGCAGAGGAUGGCUUCAAUCCGCACGACGUAGCAAAGGCCGUACGGGAAGCGGCAGCAGAUCCAGCAGCGAUGAGAGUCGUAAAAUCGAUCAUGUCGGCUGGGAAUGCACCGGCGCGGGAAGACGCUGGAGAAAAGACUGAUCGUCCAAGAGCGGAUGCGGACUCCCAGGGCGGAGACGCGAGCCAAGACACUGAGAGCGAGAGAGCGGUCGAAGAUCGGAGACUCCGACAGGCAGCGGAGCAGUUUGCAGAGGCUCCCGAGACGGCAGCCGCAAGGAAAAACGAAAACGACCUUUUGGACAUCAUUCGAGGGAGCACGAGACAAUACCUCGAGCAACUGGAUAUAAAACCGACACCACCGGGGAAGACGCGCCUGGAUGACAACACUGUGAUCCAAUGGAAAGAAGAAACCGACAUUCUCCAAGUUUGGAUUCCUCUUCCUCCCAAUUACAUCCGGGAGAGCAUCGAUGUGUCGAUGGCACGCGCACGCCUCCGCGUGACCUGUCGAGUUUCUGCAGGGAACUCGCAAGACCAGAAAGCUGCACAAGACAACGCUUCCGUUCAAGAACAGAAGAACGAGAAAAUCACCAUUGUCGACCGGCAGAUGAAAGGAUAUAUCGUGAGCGCUGACGCACACUGGAGUCUUGCGUCUUACCCUUUCAAACGCCGAAGCGGCAACCAGGUUCUUUACGACUGCUCUACAUCGCCAUCCCACUGGACACCUUUAGGUAUCUGGAGGAUGAGAAACUGUUUCACGGUAACUUCUCCAUUUUUUCGCGCUUGUUUCCCGUUCGCGGUGCAGGUAUGCAAGCCAAGUCAGUGUACAUGACCACUGAGUAAUGUUGCAUGAGGACGUGCUUGUCGACAGAUAACUCUCGAAAACGUAGGACCUCGUCAGAAGCCGUUACGGAGGAGUGUACGAAAGAAACGGCGCGGAAGGAAAGCAGAAACUGUGUUUCAGUUCCGUUUUUGCGUGUCAGUGCAGUAGUGCCCAGGAUAGACGCAAAGAUACUUCGUGUUACAUCCUCGAGCUGGGCCAUCAACAUGAGCGGCGUGGCAAACCAGAAAAACUCCAGCAGUCGUGUUGUGCGUCACAGCUAUUGUCGAGUGAACAAUAAUUCCGCCUGGCCAUUUUGUCCUCUGCCUCUGCUCUAAAUAGGAGAGCUCAGGCGUUGCUAAGACAAGAGGCAACGAAAAUUCUCGUCACUUCUUUAGUUCCCCACUCGGCGCAGCGAAACGCUUGAAGGUAAACACCGAAAAUGGAUGUCGGUACCGGGGCACAACGUGUCAGCAAGUGUGGAUCCUCGCCGACAAUAUGCGUAUCAGCGCCAGGAGCAUUUGUGAUCGAGAACGGCUACAAACGUAAGUGUCGAAUGCUCUUCUCGUUAUGCUCGCAAAAGCCAGAGCGCCUGCGGCCGAAUCCCCUCUCCCAGUAACCGCUCACACACGAGUGGACAGGUGACGUGUACAUACACCCCGAUCUAAAGCUCCAGCAUGUCGCAUGUGCAUAUACCUGAAGCCUGUGCCGCUGUUCCUCGCCUCGACCCGCGGGAAUCCUAAGGUAGAAUCAGAGCUGCAGAAAGGCCUCGAACAUCCAAAGUAUUGCUGCUCUGAUUUUCAUUUCGCAACCGAAGUGUAUGCAGUUUACUCGCCCUGAACUCUACGAGUCCUAGAACUGUCAGCAGCACUCAGUCAACCGCGACAAGCUGAGGAGACUAUUGCAACUAUUCGUAGUGCCUUCUCAGCCUCAUCUGGACUACAACUAGAACAGCGCGGAUAGAAACACUAAAUGGUGGGGUCGCAUCAUGGUCGACGCCCACGACAACGAAGAGAAACACAUUUGUCCGAAGGUAAUUUAACGCCUGCAGCCAUGGAGCCUCUUCGGACCACGGGUCGGUUUAGUCAUCGCGAACGUCUUCCACCUGUGCCAGUUGCAGGGCAUC